AGGGAUGUUGGUGUGAGGACGAGAACUUUUGUAUUCAGUUUACUUUUUUUAAUUUACAUAUAGACAGUAACAUGGCUCUGACGUAUAAGCAGGGGCAUGAGCCUCUUUUUAUUGGAUUAUUAAUUCUCAUCUCUUUGCAGCAGAUUCUGUGUGUUUCAGAAGAAGAGCUCCAUGCCAGUUACUGGAACAACAAAGGGAGUCAGGCUCUUCACGCUGCCCUGAAUAUUCAACCUAAUCUCUAUCAAGCCAAGAACCUCAUCCUCUUCCUGGGGGAUGGUAUGGGAAUACCAACAUUGACUGCUGCGCGGAUCCUCAAAGGCCAGUUGGCAGGGAAAUCAGGGGAGGAGACCAGUCUAGUCAUGGAUACCUUUCCUCACCUGGCACUGUCAAAGACAUACAAUGUUGACCAGCAGAUGCCAGACAGCGCAGGCACAGCCACAGCAUACUUAUGUGGUGUGAAGGCCAACUAUGGCACUCUGGGUGUCACUGCUGCCGUACCAAGGGGCAACUGUAGCGCCAUUAUCGGGAAUGAGGUCAAAUCUGUUCUGCAUCGUGCCAAGAAAGCAGGGAAAUCUGUCGGAAUUGUCACAACAACCCGAGUGCAGCACGCCUCACCAGCAGGAAACUAUGCUCACUCUGCUGAUCGAGAUUGGUAUGCUAACUCUGACCUCCCCACUGAGGCCGUCCAAAAUGGAUGCCGGGACAUUGCGUAUCAGAUGCUCCACAACACAGAGAUUGAUGUCCUUCUUGGUGGAGGUCGUCAGUACAUGUUUACCACAGACAUGCAAGACCCAGAGUAUCCAAACUACAGAGGAGACCGAACAGAUGGAAAAAAUCUUGUUGUGGAGUGGAUUAAAAACAAAAAGAAUGUUAAAUAUGUUUGGAACAAAGCUGAUUUUGAUGCUGUCAACCCUGCAACAACUGAUUUCCUGAUGGGUCUGUUCGAGCCUAAAGACUGCCGCUAUGAGUUGGAACGUAAUCCCAACACGGAUCCAUCGCUCACUGAGAUGGUGGAGAAAGCAAUAAAGAUUCUCAGCAAAAACCCCAAGGGAUUUUACCUCUUUGUGGAAGGGGGAAGAAUUGACCAUGGGCACCAUGGAGGGCGGGCCAAGAGAGCUCUGUAUGAGGCUGUUGAGUUUGAUCGGUCAAUUGGCCGAGCAGCUGAACUCACCAGUGAACUGGACACCCUGACGGUGGUUAGUGCCGACCACUCCCAUGUGUUUGCGUUUGGAGGACAUGCUAAGAGAGGAAACCCUGUCCUGGGAGUGUCUCGCUCAACAGCUGAGGAUGGGAAGCGCUUCACUACUGCUGUGUAUGGAAAUGGACCAGGAUACCAGAUUGUCAAUGGAAUCCGCCCAGAUGUGAAUGAAUCAAUUGCAUCACACAACGAUUACCGCCAGCAGGCGCCUGUCCCUCUCGAUUCAGAGACCCAUGGCAUAGAGGAUGUAGCCAUCUUUGCCAAAGGGCCAAUGUCACACCUCUUUCAUGGGGUCCAGGAGCAGAGCUACAUCGCCCAUGCCAUGGCCUUUGCUGCCUGUCUGGAGCCCUACGACAAAUGCCAAAUCCCCCCCCCACCAAACCAUGCUGGAGCCAUCCACCCAAGCCUGCUGUUCCUCCUGAUGAGCCUUGUUCCCCUCUCUCUCUUCUCUGUCUAAGGGUCUGGGAUGGCAGAAAUUGUGCUAACUCAGAAUUAAAGCUGCAUAGUUGCACUUCUUUGACAUUGCAACAAUUUUAAA